AUGGGUGACCGAGCAUCGGCAGCUGUUGGUCGAUAUUGUCGUCUGUCUCCCAUCACCGCUUCCACAUUCAUGGCUAUUGCAAUCAUGUCCACUACAGAUCCAGGCCGCAACAGCGAGUCAAGCAUGGCAGCCAGCGACAUCGCUGGUCCCUCGAACCUUCCUGCGACCAAACCCGCUAAGCGCAAGUCAGACAAAACCCGAGGAUCGCCGUCCUCAUCAGACGCAGCCGAUGUGCACGGCGCCAAGCCGCUCGCAAGGGCUGUGCUUGUAUGCAAGAGGUGUCGCUCCAAGAAGAUCAAAUGCGACCAGGCUUUCCCGGCGUGCGGAUCCUGCGUCAAAGCUGGCGAGCCAUGUGUCGGCAUCGACUCGGCCACCGGUCGCGAGGUCAGUCGCAGCUACAUUGUCGACCUUGAGCAUCAGAUCGCCGAACUUCGAGCACAGAACGUGGAGCUGGAGCGCCUCCUGGCCGAACAGCCUCCUGCGCGUCUCGCCGAAACUGCUUCAUCGUCGCUCAAGCGACCCCUGCAGCACGUCAAGGCAGAAUUUCCUCUCGACAGAUCCGAAUCAGCCGCCUCGCCCGACAGUCGGCCCGCAAAGCGUGCAGCUGCCUCUCCUCGCGGCGAGCAGGAGGAAUCGACAUCCGGUCAAUUGCUGCCAGGCCUCAUUCUUGGACCUGCCGGAGUCGAGGUAGCGGCGUCCACAGCGAACGAGAACCUGAAAAUGAAUGCACGGCCUUCGCUCGGCCGUCUUCACUCCCAUGCCAGCGGCCUCUCCCCGGCGCGUCUCUUGUGCCAAGCCAUUCAACAUUCCGCGCAAGCUGGGCUCCGCAUCCGCGAUCCUGGCUCUGCCUCACGUACGAGAAAAUUUGGCGCUCAGAGCCUCGGCGAAGAUCUAAACAAACGAGCAAGAUCCGUUUCGUCCCGAGACGCAGCGCUGCGAGGAGGUGAAGCGCGAGAUGAUCGCAACAACGCGGCCGCAAGAAUGGAGGUCAUGUCGCCUUCACCUCAUAGUGGCACCGCCACGCCAUCGGACGGAAAGAAAAAUUCACCUUUCGACGAUGGCGACCCCAUGCAGUAUGCUACCGCCACGGAAACAGCUGACAUUACCGUUCCAGCUCCCGAGCAAGCCCUCAAACCGUCUCCGCUCCCUGCCCCCUUCCCGCCUCUGUCAAUCGCAAGGAAGCUGAUCGAUGCAUAUUUCGAGCGCGUCAAUCCGCAGCUGCCGAUUCUUGACCGCGCCUCUUUCAUGGUGCGCUUCGAGAGAGCGUGCAGCUUCGGUCUAGAAAGGGCAAAAGCCAAACUCUCGGCCGCAGAUCGACAGAAUCUGCGUGACAACGAUGACGACAGAAUCUCGAUGGAUAUGCAGCCUGCAGACGGCCAUCUUUUUCACCUCGUCUUUGCCAUCGCAGCUGCCAUGGGCUGGACGCGCUCGAAUUGGAGCGCCGAGAAUCACCACGAGGCGGCUAUGCACUAUCUUGAUCCUCGGCGCUUGACUGGUACAGGCCAGGAAGGCAACGUCGGUGCGAUCAUGGGACGCGAUGCGCUCGAACAGCUUCAAUGUCUGCUUUUGACGGCUCUCUAUUCGAUCAUGCGGCCCAUGAAGCCAGGUGUCUGGUACUGCCUUGGUGUGGCUCUACGCCUCACCACCGGUAUCGGCCUUUAUUCCGAGACAACGGGCGUUCUUGAAGCUUCGAAUCAAGCGCAGGAUGCAAGUGAGACCCUCAUCGAAAGGAAGCGUCGACUGUUUUGGUGCUCCUACGCUCUGGAUCGUCAGGUCUGCGUUCACCUUGGUCGACCUUUUGGGAUUGCCGACUCGGACAUCAAGGUAAAUUUGCCUUGGGUCGAAAACGAGACCGAAAUGGUCUCUCUUCCGAUGAGAGAAAGCGGGGGUCGCAGUGUGGACGAGGAUGGCGACUCAUCGACAGAGUUGGCACGCAGAGAAGCCGCUUCGACCUUGGCUGCUCUUCAGUCGAGCGUACACGAAGAGCAAGGCAAUCUCGGACACGGUUUUACGAUCACGCUGCCGAAACCCAAGGACGCGAGUCGUUGGGUGUCACUGUCUUUCUUCCGCAUGCGUAUCCUUCAAUCCGAGAUUCAGUCCAUACUCUAUCAGAACGCAGAGUUGCCUCGUCGAUUCGACUCGUACGCUCACUGGAAGACCGACAUCUUGCGCAGGCUGCACGCUUGGCGACGCUAUGCACCCUCCUCAAAGGGUGACCUUGAGGCCAGCGGCUGCGGGUACAACCCCAUCUUCCUCGAGCUCAACUACCAGCAAACUCUGCUCAUGGUGUUUGGGCUCAGCCCUCGUUUCCCCAACGCUUCUCGCAAGGACUUGGCCAGCGUUGAAGAAUGCAGUCGCAGCAUCAUCAACAUGUACGCGACACUGUCGAAGGAGGGUCAGAUGAAUUACACCUGGAUGACAGGCCACAAUGUCUUUAUCGCGUGCACUAGCUAUCUCUACGCGGUGUGGCAGAUCAGCGCCACGGACCCCGCCUCAUUCCGUUCCAGCGUCACGCUCGGUUUCCGUAGUAAAGUGGAUGAGAUCCACCACUUUGCCGCCGCAUGCGACAAGGUGCUGUCCUCACUUCAGUGGGCUACUGCAGAGAAGUGCCGCAAGUGCCUCCGCACUAUGUUCUACGCCACGUCUGUGGUAGUCGAGAAGAUCGACAGGAUGUCUUCAGCUUUGUCAGGUAACCGUGGGCGAUCAAAAGCGUCAUCCGAUCGACUUGGCAUCGACGGUCAAAUGGUUAAAGAGCAAUCCAGCAGGAGCCCGGCCAACAAGGCGCCCCUUGACUCGAGGGAGGCGGAUGCACAAAACGAACGAGCCGGCUCUCUUCUGUCCUCCAAUCGGACAGGGGCGACGGUAGCAAUCCCAGCGUCAACUCGGUCUCUGUACUCUCAAGAGCGGGACCGGCAACAACCGGCAAGCAAUCGAUCCCACGACCCUCCAUCGACAUCCCCUCAAUCCGAGUCCAUGGUGCAAGCUGCACGAUGGAAACAGGGUCUUCAGCCGCGAUCAUCGCCUGGCUCGAGCGUGCUUUGGCCUACUGAGAAUGAGACGCCGAAUCAGCACAGUCUGAUGGACUCGAACGGUCGCAGCAUCGAUCACCGCGCGAGGGUUACCUCGACACCGGCAGAAGCGUACGCCAGCGAUGCUACAACUCCUAGUCGAGGACUCGACGUAGGUUCGGCUGCUCUCGAUCCAGCGAGCAACGGCACCUCCUGGUAUGCAUUCAGCUCGGAGACCAGCCCGACAAGGCUGUUCCCAGACAGUCCUUCGAACUUUGACAUUUCUUCGUUGAUGGCCACUUCGGCGAUGGAGCUCGAUGCCCUCUUUCGCGAGGCAGGUCUAUCUACAGGACCCUCAAGCGACCAACGCGGAUGGCCUGACAAUAACGCGACCUCUCAUGGUCACGGCGCCUUUCAAACACCGCAGUAUGGACAUGACGGCAGUGCUCCCGAUGAGUCUGCUUCGCAAUGGAUGCAAGGCGAGGCAGCGGCGAGCCUUUACGACCCUGUUCACCAGAGUGUCUCGUCUGGGGCCGAGUCCAAGGGGAAGUGGGCUUUGCCGUCCAACUCAUACGCUAGCAGCGAGCACAUAGGUCUAGCAGGUGCGUUGGCUGAGACCGAAGCUUUCGAGACUGACUGGGAGGCGCUUGGAUUCGGUUACCGUAUGAGCGAGCCGUUUCAAUACAGUGGUCCGAUGCACAUGUUUGGAGAUCAGCAGGGCCAGCAGCAGCAGCAACAGCGACGAGAAGGCUUGCACCAAGGUGGUGGCAAUAUUCAGCAAGCUGGUCGUGGGGCAGGCACGGAGUUCGACACACGAUUUCUUGACUCGCACAUGGGAUUCUAG